AUGUCUGCCUCAAAACAGUGGAUCAAAUUCUUCGCAGGAAAGAAGCGGCGGCAGCCACCUGUUGAAGAUGCUCUACCUCAUCCAGAGGUACCCGCUACAACGGCGGCGAAUGUCGAGGAAGGUAGCGGUGUCAGUUCCGAUUUACCAAGACGAGCGCAACAGCAACAGCAACAGCAACAGCAACAGCAACGACGACGACGACGACACUCACCUAUCAGGCCACUGAGAGAACGUACAUACAACAAGUUCCGAAUGGAUCUGGAGUCUUACACUGCCGUAUAUGGCUCAGAUGGUCCCCGCUUAUACCUGGAACAAACGAUCAACAAGGCCAAGGCAGAGAUGCCAUCGUCCACGGAAGAGGAGGCCGCGACCGAGCCCGCGGAUACCUUGCAAUCAGCUUGGAAGCAGGACCAAAGAGAGCAUGAGGUCGGGAAGCAACACGGCUUACUGGGCCUCCCGGAGAAGCCGCCAAGGGGCAUGAAGAAGCACUCAGUAAGAGCACCAGCGGAAAGAGGGGUCGAUGGAUGGAGGUCCAUCUGGACACGAUCCAAGUACCAAUCCAGCCCGUGCGUUAACGAUGGCGUGGAUGAUAUCCCAGUGUCCAAAGAGGACAAGUUUAAAAUUGUCGGCAUCAAUGGUCGGAAAAUGACCUUGAAGAAGAACCCCUUCGACGCCGAAUAUCUGGCCAUGCAGGAGAGACUGGCGUCUAAGCGGGCGGCGGCCAGUAGGCGAAGACUUGAAGAAGCCGGUGUGAAGGGUGGGAGACAGCCGAGUCGUCUGUCAACGAUGUCACUGAUGGCGGAGGACGUCGAGUAUCCAACCUUUGUCGAGCAAGCUGCGCGCUGGUCGGCCGCUGAUAUCGGCCAUUGCACGAUGUAUGAAGCACUGGUGGCACAUGUCGAGACACUGACAAAGCAGUACGAUUGGAAAGGCGAGGUCCGCGAGCAGACAGUUGAGGUUCUCAAACGACUUCAGCCACGGACGGACUUGAUCGUGUCGUGUGAGAGCGGCGCAAAAGUAACGUACGAUGGAAUGUCUGAGGAGGACAAGACGAGGAGGUCAGAGGCAGAAAAAUCCGUUGUGCAACUCAGGAUCAAGUUGAAGUUGGUGGCCAAAAUGUACGCGGAUGCAGCGAUGACCGCAAGUGGUGACGAGAUGGAGGAGGUCGAGGAGAGGGCAGGGGAAAAGCAAUUGCAGGCUCUCAAGAGAUCGGUCAAUACGCUGCUGACGAGCGUAGGGACGAAGUAG